GCUUUUAGUGAAAGAAAACAAGCAAAACUAGGAAGGAACAAAAUCACAAAGAAACAAAAUGAGCGAGGAAACGUUACAAUGGAACCCAGAUUUAGAAGUUAGCUUAUUUUAUUCGAUGAAAGGACACAAACCUGUUGGUAUCAAUAGAUAUUUCCACAUGGCCUGCAUACACAAAAAACUCUUGUCAGCAGCAGGGAAGUCUGAAAUCACUUCUAAGCACAUCUGGAAACAUUUAUCUGAAAUGUACAGUCUAGAAACACUAAAUGAGUUGGAGAGUCUGCCAUUUCCUAAUGGUGAAAACGAAUUCUGUUUACCAGAGGAGAUAACUAACCCUGACAUUGCAGCUUCACAACCUUGCUCCCCUGCAACUUCUACUGAAGAUGGUCCAGUUUCUCAACGACCAACAAACUUAGCUGUUUCAAAUUUAAUCAGUUCUGCACUGGCGGCUGAAAGUGUUCCAUCACCCAAACGAAAGAGACGAGGACAGUUUUUUUCCUCAUCAAAUCCAUCAUCCCCAGCACCAGGUACUCCUGGAUCAAAACGAAGGAGAUAGAGGCAAGACUAGGCUUCUGUCUGGAUAACAGCAACAUCUUCGAAUAUAAUAUUUGUGUAAAUAUCUGCCCUUAUAGCCGCUUUUUUAUAAACUGCCCCCUCCCCAAGGCAAAUUACUCAUGUGAUAGCAGAAACUAGCUUUCAUAAAGAUAUUGUGACUUUUUAACUUUCCUUUAUUUAGCAUCAACCUUUGCUAGACUCUUUGUAAAAAUUGUACAGUAUGCUAACCCGUAAAAGUUGUUACAGUAACAUAAUAAUCUGCAAAUUCCUAGUAGUUCGCUGUUUAUCUUUUGAUUCACAAUGUGGCCAAAUCUGUACACUUUAUGCAAAUAGGAGCAAAAUUUUUUCAUUUUAUGCUCAACUUUUGAGAAAAGUCAACAUUUAGAGGCAGUGUUUGGAAUUUUAUGUUGUGUUGUAAGAAGGCCCUAGAUCUAACGAUAGUCUUUUAUAGAUAAUUCAAUACCUUCUUUUUAUAACGAGGAAAACACCAAAGGGCAUAGGACUCAACCAAAAUCUCCUAUUCCGUUGGUAAAAAUCCUUUUGGUUUCAAGAAAAAUCUCCCAAAAAUCACUGAAAUACUUUUGUUCCAAACGAAUCUCAUACGCAGUUUGGAAAGAAUGCUACAACCCUCAAGGCCCGUAUUCAAAGCCUCCGAAAAGCGUGUUUUGUGGUUUUGAUUAUCGCACUAUUUUUUAAAAGCUAACAAGAAGCAAACAUUUAUUUUGUUAUAUGAUAUUAGUCGCUGUUUUUACGCAAGUUGCGUUUACUGAAACUAACAGCCUUUAUUGAAAUACUGAGGCUUUACCAAAAGACAUCCCGCUGCUUUUAGCACUUGCAAAUAUAAUGUAAUGAUAAAACAUGAAACUUAAAAAACAUGUACGCUUCCUUUAAGGCCUGCUUUAUUCACGUCACAAAUUUCUUCAUUUUGAGAGCUUAACAUAUUCUUUCAAAACUGAUGUAAAAAAUUUCAUUUCCAAUGGAACCCCGAGAUCUUUGGUCUAACUCACAUCUGGCCUUUGCCCUGCGUAGGGAAAAAACCUUUUCUUACUUGAAGGGAGAGUCCCUUUCCGUCUCUAUUAACAAAUUUAGCUGACCGGCUGAUGAUUGUUGUUAUCUUUUGUUUUCCUAAACACUCGAUAUAAAAAAAGGUAUUUUAUUCAGAUUUCUGUUAUUAUAACCAGACAAUUCUUCAGAAUUUGGUAAGGCCGUCCGUAAGAUUUCUGAGAAUGUAGUAUCCCGGAAUGGGAUGCCAAUCGAAAAUUGCUUCAUAGACGAAAAGAGUUCAGGGUUGAUGGGUACAUUAAUACUAGAGCGACAAAUGCAAGGUGAAGGCGGCGAUGUACACAUUGCAAUGUGUUGUUCUGUGAUUGUUCAUUAAAUUCAUCGCUGGACAAACUAUGUAAUAGCGGCUGCUUGCAUUGAGUUCAACACAGGCUGAAAUAUUAUUCCGUUGCCAAUCUCAUCACGGCCCGGGAUCAUGUUACCGUAGAUUCCCAACAAUUCG